CCAUUUUUUUUUUUUUUUAAUUCUCAUUUAACAACCACAUAAUGAGUUCACAAAUUACACCUCCAAUGGUAUUGAUUGCCGGUGCUGGCAUCGGCGGUCUUUUCCUUGGCCUACUCUUGGAACGCCAAAAUGUGCCAUACAUGAUCUAUGAACGAGCACCAGAAAUUAGAUGCCUGGGGUCAGCAAUGGGGUUCGGUGCUAAUAUUUUACCUGUAUUUGAACAACUUGGUAUUCUGGAGGAAAUGCUGGCCAUUUCUCAGCCUGCCAAGGCAUUGGACAUGCUGGAUACCGAGUUUAAAUUCAUGUCAGGAAUCGAUUUCAGCAAUUAUAAAGAGUUAACCGGAUACCCCACUAUCAUGUUUACGAGACCCGAAUUCCAUGCGCUGUUGUAUUCACAUAUCCCAAAGGAAAAAGUCGUGUUUUCGAAGCGGGUUUUAUCGCUGGAACAGAAUGAGAUUGGGGUGAUGUUGAGGAUGGCGGAUGGAUCUACUUACCAUGGUGAUAUUGUCGUUGGCGCAGAUGGUGCUUAUUCGGGAGUCCGACAGGGAUUGUACAAACAUUUGGACAGGAAAGGAUUCUUGCCUGCUUCUGAUAGAGAAGAGCUGAAGAUGGGACAUUUAUGCAUGGUUGGAACAACAGACUCCUUGGACCCUGAAAAGUUCCCUACCGUUACUAACGGAACUGCGCAUUUUCAACGUAUCAUCAACAGUGGUGCGCCUUUUACGUGGCACACAGUCAACAUGCGUGAGAACCGAUUGUGCUGGGGUGUUACGAUGCAACUCGAUUCCUCAAGGGCCUCUAAAGACACCAGGUUCCGCAACUCGGAAUGGACUUCAGAUGCUGAUGGCAGUAUCAUGGGCAAAGUCUUUACUAGCAAAUCUCCCGGAGGAGGUACUGUCCAAGACUUAAUCGAUAGUACGCCGAAGGAAAAGAUCUCCAAUGUCUUUUUGGAAGAAAAGCUAUUCGAGACUUGGUACCAUGGUAGAACUGUCCUCAUCGGCGAUGCCGCCCACAAGUUCUUGCCAACUGCUGGCCAAGGUGCUGUGAACGCAAUGCAAGAUGCUGUCGUCCUUGCCAAUUGUAUUUACGAAAUGGGAGAAGUGACUCCUGCCAAUAUCACAACAGCCUUCAAGACAUAUUUUGACGAGCGUUAUGCACCCGUAAAAAGAAUGAUGAACAAGAGCAAGUUCAUGGGGACUCUUCAACUUGGUCAGACUUGGAAGGAACGGAUACUCCGUCAUAUCGUCUUCAAUUGGAUCCCAAAGAGAAUACAAAUGGAGCAGUUCCUCAAGGAUGCUUCUUAUAGACCUCAAGCUACAUUCCUGGAAUAUAUUGAGAACCGUGGCGUACUCCCAGUUACCCCACAGAAGGUCUCUGAGCGCUAUGCAAAAGAGAGGACUCCAAAAGCUGCCUCAGUUUAAGAUGUACACUACAUUUAUAAUAUUUUACUCGAGUUUGACAUACUAUCAUUACUAUUAUUAUACUUCUUUAAUUAUUCAUCCUCAUUUCUUCUAUGCUCUGUAAAAAAAUUAAAGUUGAAAUUAAG